GUAGGAUACUUGUGUAUGCGCUAUCGAGGAGCUGAAGAUGGGCAGACAUACUGUUCCUCAAACCAUGAUCAGUUAAGAAACUGUGAUAUUGGUAGAAGAGCUCAUUAAAAUGGCGAGAGACUUCACUACAACAAGUCUGAGCAACAUCGACCUCGCCUCUUUACGGGAUCCUGCGGGGAUAUUCGAGCUCAUAGAAGUGGUCGGAAAUGGGACGUAUGGACAAGUUUACAAGGGUCGACAUGUGAAAACAGGACAGCUGGCAGCGAUCAAGGUCAUGGACGUGACAGAGGACGAGGAAGAUGAAAUCAAACUGGAGAUUAACAUGUUGAAAACUCAUUCCCAUCACAGAAACAUUGCCACAUAUUAUGGUGCCUUUGUCAAGAAAAGUCCUGCAGGUCAGGAUGACCAGCUUUGGCUGGUGAUGGAGUAUUGUGGCGCUGGGUCGGUCACAGACCUGCUGAAGAAGACCAAAGGGAACUGCCUUAAGGAGGACUGGAUCGCUUACGUCUGCAGAGAGGUUCUCAGGGGUCUGUUACACUUGCACUCGCAUCAUGUGAUUCACAGAGACAUUAAAGGACAAAAUGUGCUUCUGACAGAGAACGCUGAGAUUAAACUCGUGGAUUUUGGAGUCAGUGCUCAGUUAGACAGGACGAUUGGAAGAAGAAACACAUUUAUCGGGACGCCAUAUUGGAUGGCGCCGGAGGUCAUAGCAUGCGAUGAAAACCCAGACUCAACAUAUGACUAUAGGAGUGAUGUGUGGUCUCUGGGUAUCACCGCUUUGGAGAUGGCAGAGGGAGUGCCACCCUUGUGUGAUAUGCAUCCAAUGAGAGCGUUGUUUCUCAUUCCACGAAACCCUCCUCCCAAACUAAAGUCUAAGAAAUGGUCUAAAAAGUUUCAGACUUUUGUGGACAGUUGUCUGGUGAAGAACUACCUCCACAGGCCAUCCACAGAGACGCUUUUACGGCAUUCCUUUAUUAAAGACCUUCCCAAUGAACGACAAGUACGAAUCACACUUAAAGAUCAUCUGGACAGAACCAGGAAGAGGAGACAAGAGAAAGAUGGGAAGGAAUAUGAAUAUAGUGGAAGUGAAGAUGAAGACGAUGGUAUAAAUGAAGAAGAAGGUGAACCCAGCUCUAUAGUGAACCUUCCCGGAGAGUCCAUGCUUAGACGAGAGUUCCUGCGACUGCAGCAGGAGACGAACUCCCAAACGCAACUAAUCCAGCAAGUACACAAUCAAGACAACUACAAGAAACAACUGCUGGCUGACAGACAGAAGAGAAUCCAACAACAGCAGGAGGAGCGACGACGCUUCGAAGAUCAUCAGGAAAGGCUGUUACAUGAGACUGGAGUCCAGUGGCCUGAGCUUCAGGAGAUGUUAUGGCAAGAAGAGACUGACCUUACUGAGAAAAGCAAAAGAAAUCAUAAAAAACAGCCUAAAGACAGUGAACAUCACAGGACUGAUGUUGAAUCUGCAUCUUCAAAUCUUUUCGAUGAGCAGGCUCAGGGCAGAAAAGCUCAGCGCACACUUCCCCGAGAUCAGUCACAGCUGCUGUUCCUCCUGCAUGACCACACACACCAGCAGAAGAGCAGCAGAGCUACACCACAUGACGGGCUGGCAGGUAAACUGGAGUCCCUGGAAACCCAUCUUGUGAAUCUGAAUAAUCUAGCUGUCAGGAUUCCUCAUGUUCAGUCCCGUCUGGGAUCAGGAAGCAACUCCAGUCCCUGCACUCCAGCGCUCCAGAGAGCUGUGAAACAGCCGAACAUGAACGUGUGUUCCAGUCAAGAGAUUCAUCACAGCAGCUCGAUGUCAGAUGUUAAUGCUCCACUCUCUCCAACACUGGAUGAUGUCUUCUUCACCCCUGAUGAUCAACCACCAAAGAUUCCAGAACGAACCACAUCAAAAUUCAAAGAUGUCAUGGGCCAUCACAGAUACGGAUCCAGUGGAGAUCGUCAGUCGGCUAUGGACAACGCUGUCAAAAUGUCUUUCUCCAACAGCUCGACAAGCAGCUCACAGUCAGGGUACUGUGUUCUGGAUAAUCCAGCUCAUCCAAACAGAAACUCUCAAAGUCCAGGAGCAUCACCACACAACCAGGGUUUGGGAACAAAGUCUCAGUUCAGCCCAUUGAUGAAGCUUGCAGAAUAUUCUUCAUCCAGUGAUGAAGAUGAUGAGAAGAUGAGGUCUCCAUCGAGCAAUGGAAGGCCUGUGUUUUCCAGAGGGCAGACUAAUGAAAUCAUUCUUCAGCCUCAUCUCAAUGUAAAACAGCAGCAGCAGAGUGCAGCAAAGCCAACACAUAACGUAUAUCAGAGGCCUUGUGGUUCACAAUCUAGUGAUAACUACCAUCUGCCAGACCUCCUGCACAAAAGCCCCACACACGAGCUGAGCUACCACCAGACCCCUACACAGAGCUCCAGAGACAAACUACUCAAUAACCAGCCAGGAAAAAGCGUGUCUUCUUCAUCUUCCUCAUUCUCAGCUUUCAUUGACCCUCGUUUGCUUCAGAUUUCUCCACCUCUGAGUCCGCAGGGACACGGCCAGCUGAAUGGCAGGUGUGAGCCAUGCGUUAGACAGCCUCACAGGAAGGGCUCAGUGGUGAACGUCAACCCCACCAACAUUCGACCACAGAGUGACGCCCCAGAGAUUCGCAAAUAUAAAAAGAAGUUCAACGCUGAGAUCCUCUGUGCUAGUCUGUGGGGUGUGAAUUUGUUGGUGGGUACAGAGAAUGGCCUGUGGCUGCUGGACCGCAGUGGUCAGGGUAAAGUUUACUCUCUCAUCAGUCGCAGACGCUUCCAACAGAUGGACGUGCUGGAGGGCCUCAAUGUACUCAUUACUAUAUCAGGUAAGAAAAACAAGCUGAGGCUGUACUACCUGUCAUGGCUGAGGAAUAAGAUCCUGCAUAAUGAUCCAGAGGUGGAAAAGAAACAGGGCUGGACCUCUGUGGGGGACCUGGAGGGAUGUGUCAGCUACAAAGUAGUUCGCUAUGAAAAAAUCAAGUUCCUGGUCAUCGCUUUGAGGAAUGCUGUGGAGGUCUACGCUUGGGCUCCAAAGCCAUAUCACAAGUUCAUGGCUUUCAAAUCCUUCAGCUCUCUGCCUCAGAAGCCCCUCUCCGUGGACCUGACGGUGGAGAAUGGACAGAGGUUAAAGGUCAUCUAUGGGUCUCACAACGGUUUCCAUGCUAUCGAUGUGGACUCAGGGACUCCAUUUGAUCUUUACCUACCCAGUCAUAUCCAAGGUUUGAUUCGGCCUCAUGCCAUCAUCAUCCUCCCCAGCAGCAGUGGGAUGGAGCUGUUGCUGUGUUACGAGGACGAGGGCGUCUAUAUUGACACCUAUGGCCGCAUCACCAAGGAGACAGUGCUGCAGUGGGGGGAGAUGCCCGCCUCUGUUGCUUACCUUCAGGCAAAUCAGGUGAUGGGAUGGGGAGAGAAAGCCAUUGAACUGAGAUCUGCCAAGACUGGGAGUCUGGAGGGAGUCUUCAUGCACAAAAAGGCUCAGAAGCUCAAGUUCCUGUGUGAAAGAAACGAUAAAGUGUUUUUCGCUUCAGUCCAGUCUGGAGGCAGCAGUCAGAUCUACUUCAUGACAUUAGGACAGAACUCCCUCUUCAGCUGGUGAUCUGUGCCUUUGAUUACUCACUAAAGACUGUGUUUAUAUCCUACAACCAACAUCCCUGCAAAUAGGGUUCGACAUGUAAACAUUUUCAUGGAAAUGAUACAUAUGUAUACACGUAUAAUAAGAAUAAUACAUGUAAAAUACGUGAUUUAUUGCAUUCUGUCUGACAGUGUCAGCAUGUGGUCUUGUUCUGCGCUUUAUUCCCAAAACAAACGCCUUGUUUUGGAUUUGAACUUCUUUAUUUUUGUUCAUUUCAAAUGUUACAUGAAAAACUUGAUUUUUUUUGUAGUCCUAAUACUUAAUUAUUUUAUUCUAUAAUAAUAAUAACCAUGGCUGGUACACGGUUUGGUGUAAAACCGAUACUAAGAGCUAGUAAAUGAAUGACUAACUGUUGUACUAUUAUACAGUCCACUGUUGUAGCAUGUUGUUUUGGAGGAGAAAUGGCAAUAUGAAGAAAUGAAAUGAUACAAUAACUGCACUUUCACCUUGACGUUUAGGGACUAUUCAGGUAAAUGAAUUGAAUAGUAAGUACUUUUCUUUAUUAUAACUUUAGACAUGCUAAAACACACAUAACUAUACAAUAAACAUUAAUAUAAAGUUUUUUAACCGGUUGGUUACAAGUCUUUUGCAUGCAGACUGAACAUUAUAGAAGUCUGAAUAUCAUUUAUUUCUAUACUCUGCUGGUCAAGAAAAUCGAAUCUGAGAAAGUAUAGAUUGGUUGUGAAUGGUAAAAUACAACGGGCACAGAGAUUUAAGUGCGUGUAGAGAAGUGUGUCUUGACGCAGGUGAUGUUGGUUUCUUAGCUUAUAUUGAAGAACGUGAAUGGAGAACAGAAAAGAACCAGGAAGUAGGAGAAGAGAAAGAGUUUUAAAGAAAGUCGUAAUUCUGGAAUGAAGAGUUGUGGAAAAGAGUUAUAGUUGUAUUUGCAUCAAAUGUACUCAGCACACGUGAUGCAAAACUUCUGAAGCAUUCCUUGAAUAUCAGAUGAAGACAGACUGCAUUGCUUUAAUACAGACUUAUGAAAGUUUUGCAGAACAUCAGUAAAAUGUUAAAUAUGUCCACUAGUAAAUGAGCAUUAAAGGGAUUGUUGACCUAAAACUAAAUAUUUGGUAAUUUACUCGCUCUCAAGUCGUUUCAAAGCUCUUUGACUUUCUUUUUUUUUUCUGUUAAACACAAAAGAAGAUAUUUCGAAGAAUGCUGGAAACCUGUAACAAUUUAGCUACAUUGUAAUUGUUUUUCCUGCACUGUUAGAAAAAAAGAUACGCGAGCUGACACUGGGGUGGUAAUUUUAGGUACAAAUUUGUACCUAAAAGGUCCAUAUUAACACCUCAAGGAAACAUAUCAGUACCUAAAAAGUACAAAGGUGUUCCUCUUAAAUUUUUUAGGUACUAAUAUAUACUUUUGAGGAACCAAUAUGCAAGCUUUAAGUCUAACUGUGUACCUUUUGAAAAGGUACCACCACAGUGACAGCUCACGUACCUUUAUUUCUGAGAGUGUACCAAAUCAAUGAUUACAAGUUUCUAACAUUCUUCAAAAUAACUUAUUGUGGGUUUAACAGAAAAAAGAAACUCAUUAAAGUUUGGAACCACUUGAGGUUGAGUAACUACAGUGCGUAAAUUUAUUUAUUUGCGUGAACUAUCUCUUUAAAGGCAUGUACAGUACGUCAAACGGAAUGUUGUGGCUGUAGAUCAUAUGAAGGAUGCACUGAUUUCAGGAAUAGACCGUCUCAGUAUAUAACCUGUUCAUAAAGCUGAAACAGAGGAUUUUCCUUUAUACAGAUUUAGUUGUUUUGUAUACUGAAGUACUGAUUCAUUGUCUUUCUGUUUGUUUUGUUUGUUUGUUUGUUUGUUUGUUUGUUUGUUUUUUGCAAUAUUAGGAAUCUAAUGCAGUAAAAAGCAGCUUGUGCAGACUUUUCAGUUCAUAAACAGAUAAAAAGAGGGGCUAAUAAUUCAGGGGGUUCAAUAAUUCUGACUUCAACUGUAUAUAAAUUAGUUUUGCUUUGAUUUGUUUGGUUUUGUUUGUUCUUUCUUUGGCCAGGCAGGACAUGUCUAUUAAGUAUAUUCUCAAUUGUGCCUUAAAGGGUUAGUUAACCCAAAAAUAUUGUUUAACCCCCUGACAUUUGUCUUUGAAACACAUAUUAAGAGAACAAUCUACUUUUUUGUUUUUUGAAAAUAGACUGACUUUACAGCUCACCUAGAGUUAAACCGCUGACUUUUACUAUUUUUGAGUUCAUUCAGCCGAUCUCUGGGUCUGGUGAGAGCACUUUUAGUAGCUUAGCAUAAAUCACUGAAAGCGAAUUGACCAUUAGCAUCUCGCUACCAUCUCGCUUUUUAGUUUUAAUUGUUGAACAAGAUGCUAAUCAUCUAAUCUGAUUUAUGCUAAGUUAAGCUAAAUGUGGAGAUUGUCUGAAUGGAUCAAAUGAAAUGGUAAAACUAAACUGUUUAAAAGUCUCAUGAAACUAAAAUAAAAAAAUGUAGAUGUUAGUAUCAUUAUUGUUAGUUUUAAAGAUGUCUAUAAGCCAAGUGGGCAGCGAAACAGUGACAAAAUCCACAUUUAGAAGAUAUAAAAGUGACGUAAAAAUGUAAAGCUAGUAAUUUGUCACUUUCACCUAAAUGGAUGAAUGAUUUUAUUCACGUCACCUCCUACUUCAUUUUCUCAUCAAAUCAUGACCAAUCAAAUGCUUCCUGGUAUCUGACAUGCCCUGCCCCUUUUUUCAUUUGAUGCGCUGGUGGUCGACCACUCUCACUGGCAGAGCUGUGAUAAAACAAAACGCUAUUAGCUGUGUUUUAAAAAAGGGGAGGGGCUACACUGUCAUACACUUUCUUCGUGUUUCUGUUGAGAUUGUCAAAUAUCGAAUAAAAGAUGCUCAUUUCAAAGCGCUUCAUGUGACCUUUAACUCUAGAGGACUUGUAAAAUUCACAAAAAUUUCCAAAAAAAAAAACAAAAAAAGGAUAUUUCCUUUAAGAUAUUUUAGAUGGAAAUGAGAGAGCUCUCUGAAGCUUUAUAGACAGCAGUGCUCCCAAUUAGUCCAUAAAAAUACCAAAAAAAGCAUCCUGAAAACAGUUCAUGUAUCUUCAGAAUAUUAUCAAGUUACAAGAAUACUUCUGUGUGCAUAAAACAAAAACUGACGACUUUAUUCAACAGUUUAUUCUCCUCAGUGUCAGUAUAGGGUGCACGUUCAUGCCCACACGCGUGACUUUCUUUGUUUUAAAGCACAAACGCAUCUGAAUUUUGAAACGCACCCUAUAAUGACACUGACAACAACGCAGAGUAAUUAAGAACUUAAUGAUAUUUUCGGCGGAACUAACCCUGUGUUCUGAAUGGCAUUUGGCAUAAUCUUAGACUUUAUAAAUGUAAACAUCUUUCAAUUGGAUUCUGAUUGAAAGUUCAAAUAUAUCCACAGUUUGUUUUUGUCAUGUUGGUCAAACAUCAGAAGUCAGUAUUCUGCUUUUUCGCUCAAGGAAAUGCUAAUGCUAAUUUAAUUAAACUCUUUUUAUUUUUGUAACCGUAUAAUUUACCUGUACAUUACUGUAUAUAUUACUAAAUGCUCUUUUAUGUACAAUCA